GUGGUCGGGGAAGGCGGCGGCGGCGGUGGGGUAAUGGCGCCCCGGCCGGUCAGUUAACAGCCAGGGACUGAGCGAGCGAGCGAGAGAGAGAGAGAGAGAGAGUGAGUGUGUGUGUGAGUGAGCGAAUGAGAGAGAGAGAGUGUGUGAAUGAAUGUGAGGAACGAAGGGAAGGAAGUGGGUAAAGAUCUGCGGCCGAGAAAGUUAACAGCAUAACUUCACAGAUGGAGAAUUGCGAGCCUCCAAGGUAACCGUCCGUCCGUCCGUCGAUGCGGCUUCUUGUCCCGAAGUGGCGAGCGGUCGGGUCCCCUGGCGCCGUGUGUUUUUGCGCUUGAAAGGCGAUGAGAAGGAGCCGAUGUGACGUCUCGGGGUGACAACCAGGCUUUGCCAAGGAUUCCUUCCUGCUCGUCCCCUUAAAAGUUGUUUUUCAAAAGUCUCAAUAUGAUGAAAACGGAAGGUAAAGGAGAGAGGACAUUCAGGAGCGCUUCGCCCCACAGGAACGCCUACAAGACUGAUUUCCAGGCUUUGAGAUGCACCUUUGAUGGGAGCAAACAGGAAAACCUCUCUAAAAUGGGCGCCCCGAAAACUAACCGAGAUUCCGAGCACAGGGAAGAUGCGAGAGGAAGGGCUUUCGGUAACCGUGUGACUAAAAUAAAAAGCAUGUUGUUACAGAUGGGAAACACACCGACUGACGCGACUGAAGUCAAAGUAGCCAGUAAGCCAGAGUUAAAUCCACCCUCUCCCCAAAAGCAGUUGAGUGGAAGUGUACGUAAGAAUAGCGUCCAUAAGUCACCUCAAAAAGUGCCGAGCAUUUCUGACAAAACUAAUUUUGAAGAUGGGGACUUGGAUAAAAUUGUCAUGGCCGAAAAGUUUUCCGAAACCAGAAAACUUUUUGAGCGUAAUAAUACUAAGGACGAGAACCUGUUUGAUAAAGCGCCAAUCAAAACUGAGAGCAGAGUUUCAUUGAACAGCCUCUCAUCUGAUAGUAGGAAGAGUGGCUCAUCAUCUUCAGAGAGUGGAGGAAGGAAAAUGAAGAUUGACUUGAGUCCAACAGCUGUAUCUCACAGUGAUUUGCCAGGUCACAGUAGUCAGAAAACCACUGAUGAUUCUAGACAAAGCAUACCUCGAUCAUCUCUAAAUGCAGGCCCAAUUUCUAGACGAUUAGAAAGUUUUCUGGCGGACAGUGACAACGAUGAGUCAAAACCUGGGACUGAAAUGCACAUUCCUGGUGGCAACCAAAAAACAUCUAGCACAAGUGAAAACACGUCCCCUGCAGGAGAUUGUGGUAUAAUAUUGACACAUUCAAUUUCAGCAAAUAUUUCUACACAACAAAGCGAAGAUAAGAAAGAGUCCGAUAUGCAAAUAUAUAACAGUUACAAGAUAAGUGAAGGUAGUGUUUUGGAAACAGCUACAUUUGGUGAAGACGCCAACAAUUUCUCUGAUGAAGCUUCCUCCAACAAAAACAUUUCAGAAAGCAAUGGUGCCCACAGCGUUGAAUCUGGAAGCCAUGUUUCAAAUGUGGGUCCAGGUAAAGUAGGAGUAGUUCGAGCAGAAUUAGUGGUAGUUCAGAAUGAAUCUUCAGAGAGUGAAGCUGAAUUGGACAGUGAUGUUUUUGCUGAGAAGGAUACGCCAAAAUCUGCAAAGCAAAUUCCUGCUCCUGAUGUUGUCCAGUCUGAGGGAGGAAAGGAAAAUGAAACUUUGUACAAUAAAGAGGAUGCUAAUCAGAAGCUUGACGAGACCACAAACAAAUCAGAUGACAGUGUGGAAGAGGAGGAGGAAGAAGAGGAUGAUAGUGAGAACACUGAAGAAGAGUAUAGUGUUAGUGAAAAUAUGUUCUUGGGUUCAAAAGUUUGUGGAAUAGAAAAUGCUGCAUUUGUAGAUGACAAAGAUGUUGAAGGGCUUGUGCAAGAAGAAAACUAUCACAAAUGUGAUGGUGAAUACUCAGCUGAGGAAGUAGAUUAUACACUUGAUAAUGACUAUGAGGAGAUAUUGGGACUUUCUGAGGAAGAAGAGCCAGAGCCAAACAGACGAGUAAAAUUCUCUACAGCUCCAAUCAAGGUUUACUGUACCUACUCUGAUGAUGACUAUGAUCGGCGUAAUGAGGAAGUUGAUCCCGUGGCAGCGUCAGCAGAAUAUGAAUUGGAAAAAAGAGUGGAGAAAAUGGAUGUUUUUCCUGUCGAAAUUGAAAAGGGUGAAGGGGGUCUUGGAAUUAGCAUCAUUGGAAUGGGUGUUGGAGCCGAUCAGGGCCUUGAAAAGCUGGGGAUUUUUGUGAAAACUAUUACUGAAGGUGGAGCUGCUGACAAGGAUGAACGAAUCCAAGUAAACGAUCAGAUAGUUGAAGUAGAUGGUAUUAGUUUGGUUGGUGUCACCCAGAGUUUUGCAGCCAGUGUCCUGAAGAACACUAAAGGCGUAGUAAGAUUCCUCAUUGGUCGAGAGAAACCGGGCCAACAAAGUGAGGUUGCUCGACUCAUCAAUGAAACACUGGAACAAGAAAGGUGGCAGGAAGAACUUUUGGAGCAGCACAGUGUCCAGUAUAGUACAAGUGAUAAUGAACAGGCUGAAGAUAUUCCUGAAGAGGAAGAUUUUAUGACUUCAAGUGAUCUUGGAACUGGAGGAUCAGUUGAAGUUUUUGACCUCCCAGAAAGUGAGAGUAUGUUUUUACCUUCGGACGCAGAUUCAUCACAGCUUGUUCUUAAAUUGAAAGAGCUUCAAAUUAAACAUGCCUUAACGACAGCAGAAACCAGUGAGUUGAAAGAGAAGCUAAAAACUAUGGAAGGAGAGAAGAUUAAAUGGGAAACUACAAAGGUUCAGCUUCAGCAGUGUGUUGAUGACCAUAAGGAGAAGAUGCAAAAAGUGGAAGGAUAUUGGUUAGAAGCACAAAAUCUUUGCAAAACUGUCAAUGAACACUUGAAAGAGACCCAGACUCAAUAUGAUGUCAUUGAGAAGAAGUAUAACAAGGCUAAGAAAUUGAUAAAGGAACACCAACAAAAAGAGAUUGAAUUUACUAAAAAGGAGGAGGACCUCAGAACAAUUCUUGAAGAUCAAGAAAAAGAACAUGCUAAACAACUGAAAAUCUUAUGUGAUAAGGUGCUGGAACUUGAAAAUGCACUGCAUUCAACAGGACAAAUGUCUCCACUUAAUACCAACAAUGAGUUGAAGAUGGAAGAGGAGAAAUCUAUGCUCGAUAGCCAAGAGCAGCUCCAAGAGAUUUGUAAUGAAGAUAACUCAAAAGAAAAUUUUGAUGAAGCUGUUCCGGAAACCGAGAGAUUAGAUACAAGUUCACACAAGGCACGGGCACAACUUGCUCUAAAGGUUAAAAGACAACCUCCAUCUCGGCUUAAACUAAAGGAAUAUCUCGCAGCUGGUGAGGAAUGUGGUAGUCUGCAGGAAGGGGAGGAGGAGGAGGAGGAGAAAGAGAAGCAGAAAGAUCCUAUUGAACAAUCCGAAGCUCUAUGUCUUCAGAGUAAUGCAUGCUCUUUGCAAGCUAAUGAAGAGAACACGUCUGUUAAGGAGGAGCCAUUGGAUGAAAAAUCUGAUAUGGAGGCGAGCACAACCAGCCUGCUCGAUCAAAGCUCAUCUACAUCACCUUGUUCCUCUCCAGCUCACAAGGCAGUCAAUGAGAGUAGCACAAGUUCAAACCAGUCUCCUUCCAGAAAAACUUCAUCUUCAGGUUCUUCCAAAUCAUUCCUUAGAAACAUAAAGAAACGAGAAUCAAAAGGCAAAGGAAAAGAAUCCAAAGAUGGGAAGAAAAGUGAGGAAAAGUUGCCUGAUACAAAUGAGAAUCCAGCAGGCAAAAACAAGCGAAGAUUUGCUGAUUUUAGUGGACUAAGAAAAUCCGGUGGAAAAGGCAAGAAAUUAGAUAAAGAAAAUCGCAGAACUUCAUUUGAUAGCAGGGGAUCAAAAGAUAUGCUGGACAUCUCAGCUGGUAACUUAUCUCCUGCGGAUUCAGUGACAUCCAUACCGACCUGCAUGCCUUUUUUUCGGUUUGGGGACAGUCAUAAGGAUCCUGCAUCUUCCAAUAGCAGCCUUCACUCACCUCCGAGUUCACGUGAAGCAACUUGGGAACAGAACAAAAACACAACAAAAACUGAAACGCUGGAAGAUGAACACACAAUAACCGGUAAACAAAACCAAUGGCAAAACCGAGCUAUUUCUGAAUGGACGUCCCAACAAGUCAGUCACUGGUUGAUGGGAAUGAAUCUGGAGCAAUACAUUGCAGAAUUUGUUGCGAAAAACAUUGAUGGAGAACAACUGAUGCAGUUGGACAGCAAUAGACUUAAGGCCUUAGGUGUUGACAGUCACAAUGAUCGUUCCAUAAUCAAGAAAAAGCUUAAAGAAAUGAAGAAAGCACAAGAAAAAGUAGAAAAGCAACGAGAGAAGAUUCAAAAGAAAGAAAAGUCUUCAAAGAAAGCUAGUAAAAACUGACCACGUCUGUCGAAUCAAAUUGUUGAAUGAGAUUUCAAUUUUGAAAUUGAAACAGCACAAAUAUUUUGAGCAGUUGUGCUACUUAAGCAUUGUAUAUUGUAUAGUUUACAGUACAGUCAAUUCAGAAAGAACGUCAAUUUGGCAUGCAUGUGUUUUCAGUUUGACAUUCAUUUCCUGUUAGACGUAAACAUAUGAUGCAUUUUCUAGCUUACACUUCAAUUUUACACAUGGCUUUAAGUAAUUUUCUGUACAUAUUGUCAAAUACGGUUUUCUGUACCUUAGGAUUUCAAAUCCCACUAUAUAGAAGUAAUAAAUAAAAUAUUCCUAUUUUAAUAAUGCCCAUCUAAUGCCCAUCAGACUUCCCUAAAAUACCUUAAUUCCUUAGAAAGGUAUAAAAAGUGUCUUGAGCGUUUGAAUGUGAUGAUAACUUUCUCCAGGAAAAUCCACACUACCAGAAAUUGAUGUACAGAAUGUCAGAAUAGGGUACAAUAUUCUAAAUAGUUUUGAAUGUAUUAUAUCUGUGGGGGUACAUGGCUCCAAGGUUUAAAGUACAUAAUUCAAAGGGAUAAUAUUGCUUAAAAAAAGGAAAAGUUUUUUACUUGCAAUGUGAACUGUAUACCAUUACAUUUUUAUAAUUCUAGCUUUUGAAAUCCAUUGCAUAAAACAGGGGAAGGUUUUCUGUGUAUAUUCUCUGUUCCUGACCAUUAAGUUAACAAUAUGGACCAUUUUUUUAUUUCAAGAGUGGUUGGGGAGUGAUGACAAGAUCUCAGUGACAGUAUAUUCUAAUAACACUCUAAACCACUAGAGCCGAACUUGUGGGCUUAUUGUCAUUUGAAACCUGAUUUGAGAUUAUUUUCAUUGGCAUCACUCUCACUGACCUAUUAUUUUUGAUAAUAUUUAUAGCUGUGUUAUUUCUAUGGUGCUUUGUUUUCAGUUUUGAGUUUCAAUAACCCUGCCCACCAGUCUAUUUGAAGCAUUUUUUAAAAAAAACAUGAUUUUUUUUCCAGAAGGCCAUGGAAUUUGUUUUGUACAAUUCUUCAGUGGACGUGGAUAUAACUUGUAGUAUUUUCUUGCAUUUUCCUCAUCUUUCCUCCAGUAUAUUAUAUCGAAAGCUAAGUCACACAGUGAUGUUUAUUUACUUCACUCUAUUGCCUGUUUGGUCAGUAACUAGCUUCCUCUUUUCCCCCUUUACAAACUUGAUUCUAUUUCAAAAUUAGUGCUUCUAAUUAAUCCCCAUCUAACAUGAAGUGUUUUCAAAAGGUGUUUAAAAACAAACUCUUCACGACAAAAACAUUCUUUUUUACCUUUCGUUUUAUUUUCCAAUUUUUUUUAAAAACACGAGUAGAAGAGACUUAAGUAAAUUUGAAAAACAAAUUCAGUUUUGCCAACAAUAAUUGAAAAAAUGUACCGUCCAUGUUUUUGCUCCUAAUUUUUUUUAGAUAAAACUGAAAACAAAGAUCUAUUUGUAACCUUAAAGAAUGAAGUCUGGCCCAUUGUUUCUGAGUGAAAAACAGUCUUGGACAGAGGCUUGAGACCAUCAGAAGCCUAGAUGCUCGCUUCAGUUGACAUGAUGAUUGCCUUACUGAAAGAUUACCAAUAUCAUUAACAUUUGUUCAUAUAUUUGAAUUGAAUUUGUAUUAUUGCAACAAUAUGCUUGGAUCUUGGAUCCCAUAAAUAUCUUUCAACUUUUGCCAAAAAUCUUCACUGGCCAUCAUUGCAAUAACCUCUGGUAUUCAACGCACGCUGAGGUCACUUAAGCUUCCAUGCAAUUAUUGAUUCAAUCCCUCAGUAAAGAAGCUUUUAUUGUAAGUUUCACUGUAGUUGUGUUGUGUAGUAUGCUUCCUGCUUCAGGUUUGGCCCAGCGCCUAAAUAGAGCCCCAUGGUAUUGAUCAAAUCCAAAUUGUUUAGCCACUGACAUUGUGUCUAAUUUGCCUACAUUAAUCUCAAUCAACACUAAACUAUACUGGUUCAGGUCCCCAAAUACUUCAGGUGAGUAGUCAGCUGUCAUCUCUGAUAAUGUUGAAAGAAGGCUUUAUCUGUGGAAUACAGGGUACCCGCAUCAACUAGAAGAUUAAUGCUGCACUUGUUCCUGCCCGUUCCACAGCUCACUUGACAUGCAUUGUACCAAACUAUGCAUAUCACUACUGAUAAAAUGUUAAUGCUUGCAGCUUGUUUAUUUGUAACUCACUGGAAAUGUCCAUCAACUGACCUAUGGUCUAUCUGAUUUCAUCUGGGUGUUUUAAGACAAAUGUCCAUUGAAAAAUUCUUUAGUAUCAUUUUAUUGGUUGGUAGAUAUUGAUUUUCUAACAAAUUUAUGCCUCGUUCGUUUUAUUUUUAGCCCCAAGCUUGUGAAAUGUUACUAUACAGUGAGUCUUAUGAGGUGUGUAAUGAAGAAAGUGAGGCAGCAAGCAAGAGAGGUCAGAAAUUGGAUGACUAAGCCAGGCUCAAUCAAAACUCUUUUAUAUAAGGAGGACCAAGGAAUGUUUCUGGCCGCAAUGCUUUCAACUUUUGACUUCAGAAGUAAAUUGCCUUGUGUCCCUUUAGCUUUGAGCUAAAAUGAAUGAACAAAUCAUUGGUUUUGUAUGUGUGUAUGUAUAUAUUUUGGGAUUCAGAAAUGUAGGCUGCAGGAAGAUUGUGGGAAAGGAGAACCUAGACUGUAUGGGGAAAGUGGGAGAUGGAAGCUUAAUCUAUAUGGAGGCAGGAAUUUGGGCUUGAAUGCAGAGGGCAGGAGAACAGAAACUUGUGUUUUAAGGAGAGAGAGUAGGAGAUGGGAACUCUGGCUAAUAUGAAAGGUAAGAAACAGGAAUUUAGGCUGUAUGAGACCACAGGAGGAUAACUGAGUUGUUGGCAAAUUGGGCUGACUACGCAUCUACAGAGAUGAGGCAGAAAGUUCUCAAAAAUGAGUCUGGUGAUGGAGGGGAGAAAGAAGCAGACAGGCAUUGAUUUGUAAUCUUGAUACUGCUUCAGAAUGAAUUCCCACUAAUGUAAAUAACAAAACUAACUUCGGAAAUAUUAUUGCACUUAGGUUACAUUUUCAAACAUAGGCCAUCAGAGAGAACAAAGUAAUUAAACCCCAAAAUAUCAAAAUCAUAAAAAUUCAAAAUUGCAACACUGGCAGGAAGUUACCAAUGGCUGAUAUAAAAUGGCUAAUAUCACUCUUGUUAAUGAUUGUUUAAACAGCUUUUGUUUACUCCUUUACAGCAGAAAAUGUGGAAAAACAGCCACAUGCUGUUUUUCCACAUUUUCUGCUGUAAAGGAGUAAACAAAAGCUGUUGAAUUACGAAACUGGUCAGAUUUGUUUUCAUUUACUCGUUAAUGCCUAACUAAGUCUUGUGUUUUUUUUUACAUGUCUGUUUGAACUGAUGAUUCUUUACAAGGCCUUAAAUUCUUUGAAAACUAGUUUAGAGUUGGUGAAAUUCUUUGACAUAGAGCUUGAUCCAUAUUUUAUUCUCCUCUCAGAUAGGAAAAGACUUAAGAUCACAUUGAAGAUUUUUGUCCAAAAAAGUUUGCUUAAUUUAUGGAGAUAAAUAUACCUAAUUUGCCACUUUAUCUGCAACUAGCCCCUUUUUGGAUUGAAAAUGUUGUAAUUUGUUCUAUUGUUCCUUGAUUCUGUAUAAAUGAAAACCAGGCUUUUAUACCUCUUCAUGUAAUUUUUUGUUUGGACAGAAAAUCAUAUUGCCAUGUAAUGUGUUUCUGAAUGGGUAAUCAAUUGUGUUAAUUCACUAGGCAAGAUAAAGCCUUGUUCUACUCACGCUGUAGUUAAAUCGAGACCAACAGGUUCUCAUCACAAUAUCCAAAAGGCAUGUAAAUGCUUUUGGAAAUAAAACUGUCCUGUUCUGCCCACUAAAGUGUUUUGUUUCUGUGCCUCAUGUUGCCCUCAAAAUUUAGUAUAUACUGUAGUUACUAUACCUCCCUUACUGUAUUAUUUGGAUAAUUAUUUGUACGAGGACAAUUAAAUUACUAACUUUUUGAUGGUCUUCCUUUCUUAAGUGUAGUUCACCCUCACAUGUAAAGUUCCUUUAUUAGUUCUCUGACAUGGAAGGAUUGAAGCUAAAUCACGUUGUGUAUGCUUUAUGCCAACUUGGUCUGAUCUGCCUACCUCCAUAAAAUAACUGAGAAAUCAGAGGAUGAAAAUAGUUGAAGAGACAGUAUUUAGUUUGAAGAAUGAAAUGUGUUCAAAGAAUGAGGAAGAGUGUUCUGCAUUUACUUAACAUUUCUAUCAUGCACUGUUUGUAAUUGAAUCACUACACUUGAUGGUGGAAUUGGUAAUUAUUUUAUACGUUUUCUGAUUCACACUCCACUUGUACAAUCCUGCUUUUUUAAUCAAUGUAAUACUCCAUAAAUGUAUUUUAAUGCCAAUUACAGAACUUUUAAUUCUA